GGGGCGGGCCCGGGCGGGGAGCGGCUGCGCAGCCGGCGGCCCGUCUUCCGGCUGCCCGGGGUUUACCGGCGGGAGAGCCGGGCUCUUCCCGGCGGUGCCGAGGCGACGGGCACAAGCCGCAGUUAAACAUAAGGUCUUUUUUCAGGGGCUGGGGGAGGCUGCCCGCGGAGGCUGCAGGGUCUCUGUGUCGUGUGUGUCGUGUCGUCCCCCCCCCCCCCGCCCCGAGCAGGGGGCUGCCGCAGGGGACACCCCUCGGCCUUGGAAAGACGGCCGCUGGUGUCCUCCCUCCUGAUGUCCUUGCGGUGGGAGAGCCCGCGGUGGAAAGCAUCCCCGGAGGAUCGCUGUGCUCUCCCGGCUCGAGUGGAGGGGAUGUGUUCUGGGAGGGAUGCUCGGAGGGGUCUGUGACCUGCCGGGCAGCUCUUCCCCAAAAACCCCCGGGCUCGGUGUGCGCUGCUGACCGGGUUGCCCCGCAGCCAUGUCCCCCGGACAGGAGGUGAGUCACCCCUCCCCAGGCACCAGCUCCGGACCCGGCCGUGGCCGCGGGGCUCGCACCCCAGUGGUGAUGGCAGCCCAGGCUGCCCGGAGCGGCCUUGCGGUGACUCUGGCGUGAAGCAGCUGCCGGUGCCUGAGGAGCAAGGGGACAGAGCCCGCUCCCUGGGGGACCCUCACCGGGCAGGUCCUGGGGCAUGCUGGCAAGCACAGACCCCCUGCUCCAGGUCCCUGCCUGGCCGUUGUCCCUCUGACGGGGGCAAUGGCAGUCAUCACUCGGGGGGGGGACACCAGGUCCCACCGGGAGCCAAGCCGGGCCAUGGCUCUGGAGCGGGCACGUGGGCACCCGGGGGCUCUGCACAGCCGCUCCCAUAGGCAGCGUCAAGGGGCCCUGGGGCACCCUGAUCCUGUCUGUCCUGAUUCCUGGGAAGGGAGGUGUAGAGGCCUGAAUGGCUGCUUUCGGGAUCAGCCAGGUGAUUUUCCAGCCCAGCAUGUCCGCCAAGCGUUCUCCUUGGCUGAGGGUGAAUCCCCAGCGCACGUGCCGCGUGCGAGGCAGGACGCGCGUCACGACCGUCACCGGGUUAAUGGCAGGCAUCCCGUUCCGCCUGCCAGUGUGCCGCUGGCACCCACGGCCGUGCGCCCCGUCCGGCGGGCUGCACUCCACUGCCGCAGGCAAACCCAGCAGGGCUUGGUGGGGCCGGCCAGGCGCCGGGGCGCCCGCUGCGCUGGCAGUAUGGAGGCGCGGUGCCGGCGCAGCGCGGCGUUCGACUGCACGCCCCAGCCGGCAGCCUGCUGCCCCGACUGGAUGGCGAGACUCCCCGACGCCCUGCCUCUCUCCCGCCUCUCCAUCCCUGGCACCCACGACUCCCUCAGCCUGUUCGGCGGCCGGCGCCUGCGGUGCCAGAGCUGGGGCCUGGAGGCCCAGCUGGCAGCCGGCGUCCGCUUCCUGGACGUGCGCUGCAAGCUGGCGCGGGGCGAGCUCCACGUCUACCACCUCUGCACCUUCCAGCGGGCCAGCCUGCGGGGGGUCCUGCGCCGCACCCUGCGCUUCCUCCGCGCCCACCCCGGCGAGGCCGUGCUCAUGCGCAUCAAGGAGGAGCUGCCCAUCUUCCCCCGGCCCGGCUUCGCCGCCCGGCUCCACCGCUGCCUGCUGGAGGAGGGACGGGGCCACGUGUGGUGCCGGGAGGAGGUGCCGACGCUGGGCCAGGUGCGGGGGAAGAUCGUGGUGCUGGAGGCGCUGGCGCGGGAGGUGCUGGGCAUCCCCUACGAGCAGCUGAGCAUCAGUGACGCCUGGAACGUGCUCUCGCUGGAGCGCAAGUGGGUCCGGGCGCGGCGGCACCUGGAGAGGGCGGCCGGCGGGGACCCCGCCACCAUGCACCUCACCUUCUGCUCUGGUAACGGGCUCUUCACCUGCCCCGAGGAGGUGGCCCGCUUUGUGAACCCCCGCUGCUACCAGCACCUGCGGCGCCGGGGGGGGCGGCCUGUGCGCUGGGGGGUGGUCAUCAUGGACUUCCCCGGGGCAGGGCUCCUCCGGCUCAUUGUGGAGAGCAACGCCCCACGGGCCGGCGGGCACUCGACGGUGGCCCCUGGCACCCCCACGGCAUCCCCACAGCACCCCCGCGGCAGACGGGAUGGGCGUCGUAGCCGGCACAGCUCCGCUCGCUGCCCGCGCCGGUGUCCGUCGGGACGGACGCUGGUCCCGGCUCCACGCCUCUGCCGAAGGACGUCAGCUCCCGUAGAGCGAAAGCGGGUUUCUAGCUCUUGCUGGGCGCCGGGAAGCCUUCGCGUGACAACGGUGUGACGGCAGCGGAGGAGGGUUGGCGGCUGCGGUUGGAGCCAGGCAGCCCGGGCGGCUGCCCGCUGCUCUCCCCUGAGGAGCCAGGGGCUUGCCCCAAAAGUCAGGACUGUUAGAGAGAGGCAGCUUCAGCAGGCGCCGCUGACCCUGUGCACGGAGAGUUGGAUGGCCACGGCAGCGGCAAUUCAGAUGGGGCUACCCCGUCGCCGGGGUCGCACACCCAGGGGAUGCUGCACAGGGCAAAGCCUGGCAGUUUGCAACAGCACGGGCAGCAUGGACGCGGCAGUUUGUAGAUCCACAAAAGCAAAGUGGUUGAGACGUAAGAAAGACCUUAAAACGUACGCUGUGCCAGAGCCUGCUCUACCUGCGGAAAAUAAAUCAGCAAUUUAAAUAGUCGCAGUGCACAGUAGCUCUUUGGAGCAGAGAGAUAACCGAGACCCCAGGUGAGAAAGCAUCAAACUGCUGGCUGCGCUGAAGCAGAGAUGUGAGAAAGAGAAGAGGAAAGCUCAGCCCUGGCCUGCCAAAAGGUGAAGAGCGUCCUCAAGGCUGCCUCUGUCUCAAGGGAAAAUGCAGCUGGGCUCAGUGCCUGCCGGAGGGGAUGCCGCAGGAUUUCCUGGCUGGAGGAGAGACAUUGUUUGCUCCACGGGAGCUGGCCCUGGCUGGAGGCACCGCUCUCGGGGCUGACUGAGUUCAUUCCUGCGCUGGCUCCGGGGAGGCUGCGGCGGCUCUGCUUGGGGAGCAGAGGAGGACAGAGCCCAUGGUGCAAAGAGCAAGACAGGAGGGGAGCAGGCAAUAGCCCACAGGGGGUGACGGAGGUGACGAAGAGAGGAAUCUGUCUCUGGGCUUGCUUUGUGAGACGGGAGAAGAUUGAAAUCUCUGCAUUAAACCAGACACGUGACAGAAGCACUGGUGAUGUCCAGGGUGCCGGUGGCCUGCUCCAUCGGCUGCCAACGCCUCCACCACCUGGGCCGCCCCCCACGCCAAGCCAGCGUGACAGCUCUAGGCAUCAUUCUUGUGCUGGGAAGACAGGUGCCAUCAAGGGAAGGCUAGGUGGGUCGGUGGCCUGUCCCAGCCUUCCAGGGAUGCACAGUGCUGUGGGGAGCCGGGCAGGGUGCAGGGAGAGCAAUAGCAGUUCCCAGGAGCAGCCCUGCAGGCUGGGUGGUUCUGCUCUUGCUUAGGGUAAGGGAUGGCUAUGGGGCUGUCCCUGGAUGCAGCACGUCCCUGGAGCUGCACCCCAGCACCCAAUACGCACCUUGUGCCCUGGCUCGCUGGCAGGGCAGAGGUGCUGCUUGGGAUUCCCCGGGAGGGCAGAGCCGCUUGUUUAUUGCCUACCACACAAGCGGUGAGAUAACUUCAGCGUUAUCUGCGCCCCCGGCAUCCUGCUUGGCGAACCCUUAUCUGUGCCACGCACAUGUUGCUGCUGCCAGGCGCCAGGGAGCCGGCAGGCAGUGCGGGCAGGGGUACCCAGCUGGCAGCGGCGCCCGGUGAAAAGGCUCUCCAUCACUGGUGCGGCAGGGGAAAGGCAUGAGGCAGAAAGCUGUCCUACAGCUGAGAUCAAAGAAAUGCCUCCGAGAGGGACCAGGUGGGGUGGGCAGGAGUGAUUCGCCCAAAAUUACGCCUGCAUCCCGCUGCAAGGUCCCUGUGGGUGGGGGGUGCAGAGUGCCAUGGCACGUGGGCUGUCUCGGAGGCAUCCCUGUCCUGGCCCCAGCUAAUCCUUGCAAAUCUCUCAUUCCCUUCAAGCCAGGGCAGCACUUGGAUAACAAGUCUUCCGGCGGCCAGACACUUUCAAAUUGUGCGAAAGAUUUUAUCAGGCGCUGCUCUCCUCCAGGGCCGUCGGAGGAAGGUCUGGCUGCCGGGGCCAGCAGCUCAGGGACACCCUUUGGGUCAAACGCCCAGUGAGGACCUGUGGUGGGGGGGACCUGUCCCCUGCCCACGCUCAGCAGGCGCCUCCAAAGCCUCUGCUCACGAGGGCAUUGCAGGACCUGGGGAGAGCCGCCCCCAUCCCCAGCACGGAGUGGGGGGACAGCGGAAUAGGGGCUGCA